CAGCAAGCAACGCCAGCCGCAGCCGGCAACUUCCGCCCGUCGACAACCUUCCACCGCCGCCCGUCCGCCCGCGUUGCCUGCUACCUCUCCAUCGCCUGCAAGCAAGCUAGCUCCUCCCAACACCAUCACCAUCACCAAUCCGCAACUCCAACACCACAAUCCCACCACAUCACAACCAGCGACAUCGUGAAACCCACAAACUUACCUCGGAAACGAUUUCAUCAAUAGCAGAUCGACGACUACCAUCCCACGGAGCGACGAAGAGGGGCUCACAGCAUCCUCCCUCAUACCUGAACAUCCCAAUCCACCACCACAAGACACACAUCCACACAAUGGCCUCAGACGCAAAGCCCCAGGACAAGACCGCAUCCGCCGCGGACACCAAGGCCGACGAGACGACGCAGCAGCAGGCGGCGGCGGCGAAGAAGCCCGCGCUCGGCGAGGACGACGAGUUUGAGGAUUUCCCCGUCGACGACUGGCCCCAGGAAGAGACCGAGGCGGCUGCGGGCGGCAGUGGCUCGACGCAGCACCUGUGGGAAGAGAGCUGGGACGAUGAUGACACGAGCGACGACUUCUCUGCGCAGUUGAAGGAGGAGUUGAAGAAGGUCGAGGCAUCCAAGAGACGAUAAGCUACUCGCGGUGGGUGUAUGGUACGAUGAUGGGAGGCGGAAUGACGCAUGGGUGAACUUGGUGGGAAUCACGGCAUAGACUACACUACGUAACGGGCUCUAUACGACUGGCGACAUACCAGGAAUGAAAUCACAACAGGGCAUGCGAGGUUUCCAUUU